CAGUAUAUGGAGGGAGACUCAUCCAAGUGGUGUAACGGGUCAGAACGGCUGCACGUUCGAAAUGGUGUCAGCGGAAUCGGCGCCGAGUCCGUCACGGCUUGCAGCGGCCAUGUACGAAGGCAAGGAAGACCAAGGACUGCGCUCUGGCCAAGGAACGUUGACGUUUGGCAACGGUGACACAUACGUGGGAGAGUUCUCCAAGGGAUUCCGACAUGGGCGCGGGCGCUACACGUACCUUCGCGGGACGGUCGUGUACGAUGGCGAGUGGCGCCGCAGUCUACGCCAUGGCCACGGCAAGGAAGUGUGUCGUGACGCUAGUCAGCGGAUUCGAUGGAGUUACGAAGGGGCGUACGAAAACGACAAAAAGCACGGCCGUGGCGUCGAGCGCAAGACAGCCCAAGGGACGUACGUCGGGUCGUUCGUCCACGACCUCAAGGAUGGUGCGGGGGUCAUGACGUGGCAUAACGGGAACACGUACGACGGCCAAUGGAAAGAUGGGCGCAUGUGUGGCCUGGGCAAAUACGUGCGGCAAGCGGACGGGAGUUUUUACGACGGCAUGUGGGUGCACGGGCUGCGGCACGGCCGUGGUCGGGCCGUUUCGAAAGCCGAGAUCUACGAUGGCAUGUGGAAGGAAGGGCUCAUGCAUGGCGAAGGGAUGGUUAUUGUCGACGCCAAACAGCGGCGCGGGGUGUGGGAGCGCGGCCAGCGGGUGAAAUGGACGUCGGCGGAAGCCCUAGUGCAGUAACUUUUGUUCUUCAAGCACCCCCUCAACGAUGGCAUUGUGGGCGUUGGUCGAUGACAGGAUGGUCACCAACCUGCCAGAAUGAAUAACCUUUAACUUACAGCCAACAGUCCCAACAUGAUAUUUUUGAUGUUCC